ACUAAAAGAUCCGACUCAUAAGAACAAUUCGUUCACGAAUCGGACAUCGCUCAUCAGGAGAGGUCCAUCGCCCAACAACAACAUUUUAGUGCGGUAAACUAACAAUGGGAACCCGUGACGACGAAUACGAUUAUUUAUUUAAAGUGGUGCUCAUUGGAGACUCUGGUGUGGGGAAGAGUAACCUGUUGUCCCGUUUCACUCGGAAUGAGUUCAACCUGGAGAGCAAGAGCACCAUUGGUGUGGAGUUCGCAACUCGCAGCAUCCAAGUGGACAGCAAGACCAUAAAGGCCCAGAUUUGGGAUACAGCGGGACAGGAACGCUACAGAGCCAUCACAUCAGCAUACUACCGGGGUGCAGUUGGAGCUCUUUUGGUCUAUGACAUCGCAAAGCAUCUGACUUAUGAGAAUGUGGAGCGCUGGCUGAAGGAGCUGCGGGAUCAUGCGGAUAACAACAUUGUCAUCAUGCUGGUGGGCAACAAGAGCGAUUUGAGGCACCUCAGGGCCGUUCCCACUGAUGAGGCCAGAGCUUUUGCAGAGAAGAACAAUCUCUCCUUCAUCGAAACAUCAGCUUUGGACUCCACAAAUGUGGAGGAGGCAUUUAAAAACAUACUAACAGGUGGGUCCUGAUCGUAAUUAAAGUUA